CAGAUUCACCAACCUCAUUCUACAACUUCUUCCGCUUCACGCAGACAACUAUCUACCCAAGCCUCCAGAUACUAACCAUGAACGCCAAGACAAUCCUCGGCGUCGCCGUCGCUACCUUCGUUGGAUCAGCCGCUGCCUCCAGCUCCUCCAGCUCCGACACCUGCUCGUCGUCGCAGCAAACGUCCGCAUACACGACGCUGGCCAGCCUACUGACUCUGGACUCGUUCCAAGGAUGCGUCGAUGACUCGGGCUAUAGUCUCCUAUAUUCGACUUCGCUGCCCACGGACGCCGAGUACGCUCUUAUGUGCGCGUCGACAAACUGCCAAUCUCUCAUCGAGUCUAUCAUUUCGCUGAGUCCGCCAGACUGCACCCUGACUGUGCCCACGAGCGGUCUGGAGGUGAAUGUGUAUGAGUUGGCCAACGGUUUCUCCAGCGUGUGCUCUUCCCUGUCGAGCGAUUCGUCCGCCAGCACGACGUCGACGACGUCGACUUCCACUAGCACCACGGCGUCGACGACUUCAACCACGGCACCUACGACGUCGGCUAUCACCUCGACGGCCGCUUCGAGCACCAACGACGCCACCACCGCGGCUUCGACGAACUCAACAGAGGUAGCAACGACGUCGACCAGCUCGGACUCGACCACCGCCACCACGACGGCCACGGCCUGCUGAUGGACAACGUUCUCGUUCAUAUCAUCUGACACAAGAACUUCAGCUUUUCCAGCAAUGCUUCAGUAAUUUUGUCGGACGUAUGUUUGCUAGCAUUAUCGCAAUCGGCAUUGCUAGAAUAUACACGAAAAUGUCUAGCUGCAUUGUAGCGUUUGUUGCGAUGUUAUGUCGUUUUUCGGCGUCGUAUCGGAAUCCGUUAAUUCACCACGCAGAGAAGUAAUUUAUGAUCCUGGCCGAAAGCAAUGGUAAGCUUACGCGUAAACAACGGC